UUGAAAGGAAGAGAAAAGCAAAAAAAUGCACAACCAACAACAAAGAGGAAGACUAGGUCUAGCUUCUUCAAAUCAAAGCUUUGUUAUACAAAUAUGUGGCAACACUAAUACUAAUAGUGUUGUUAAUAACAAUAAUCAACAUUCCCUUAUUCAUCUACUUCCUCAACAAAAUAAUAUCUCUUCUUCUUCUUCUCCUUCUAUCAAGUUCAACUUCUCAGCCAUGAAGCUCUUCCAUCGAUUCCGCAAGAUUCUAAUGCGGUUCGUGUUCUCCUCGGUGCCUUCUGGCCGCGGCCAGUCAACCGCGGAAACAAGGCACCACAGGAGCUCGGAGCGGUUCGAGCCGCCCAAGACAUCAUGCAGCUCAUAUUACUCUUCUUAUUCUCACUACAAUGAGGCCAUUGCCGAUUGCAUCGAGUUCUUCAACAAGUCAGCUCAAGAUGGCAACAUGGAUGGUCGAAAAUCAGAUGUUACUAAUGUUGUCUAAAGUCUAAACAUAUACAUAUACCCUUUUAUGUCCUUUAUAAGGUUGCCAUAUAUAUACCUAUAUGUUUGAUUAUUACGUCUAUAUUUUAAUUUUUUCUUUUC